UCACUACCGCCAUGGGUGAAUCUGAUUUGGAAAAAACACCAUGGAUAGUUCUUGAUACCCUUGGAAUUCCCUCAAUGUAAGUUGUACUGACACUUCGUGUUAGUACAGUCUAGAUGUUGGGAUUAUAGGGCAACAUUGAACUAAAAAAAGGGAUUAUUUGGUGAUUCAUAGAUCAGGCUUGAACUUUUUUGGAAACCAAUUUUGAUUACAAUUUUUCUCAUUAUAUUUAUGUGAAAAAAUACAUUUUAUUUUUUUUUAAAAAAAAAGUUUAGGAAUAAAUACAUUUUAUGGAUCACUUUAGAUCAUUAAAUUUUAUGUUUUGGAAUGAAGUGUGACAUAUUUCAAAGCACAUGUUCCCAAUCUCCAAACCGAAAUCUCUAGAAUAGUAAUAUAUUAUAAUCUAAUAACACAAGGAAUAUAAAAUCUAUUAGGGUGAUGCUUGAUGAUAGCUCACUAUUUUUAUUAUUAAAGGGGCCAUAGGAGUUCCUUUCCUUCUUCUCUUCCAAUAAUGAACCUUCAUCAAUCCUCUGCUUAUUGUUCUUCUUUCUGUAAUGAUUCUUUAGGUCAUAUUCUAUUUGUCUCAUCAACUAAUGCAUCACUGUAUAGUUUGUUUACACAAAACACAUUUCAAAACUAGAUUUCUAGCUAUACUCUUAUGGUUUCGAAUAUUGCAUAUUUCAUAUUUGUUCAUAAAUUGUUUCCUUCCUUCAAGGACUUGUCUUACUACCGAGGAGUGCCUCUUGAAUAAAAACAGGAACCCUCAUUUGACUAAAGAGCUAGUUGAGGAUGAACUUAAAGCAUAUCUUGGAGUCAAGAAGAUUAUUUGGUUGCCUCAUGGAUUAUUUGGUGAUGAUGAUACUAAUGGUCAUAUCGACAACUUGUGCUGUUUUGUGAAGCCUGGUGCGGUUUUGUUGUCCUGGACUAAUGAUGAAUCAGAUCCUCAGUAUGAGCGAUCUGUGGAAGCCUUUUCUGUUCUCUCUCAUGUUACCGACGCUAAAGGUAGAAAACUAGAAAUUAUUAAACUCCAUGUACCUGGGCCACUUUACAUGACAGAUGAAGAGGCAGCAGGACUAAUUCAGGUAAACAUGAUUCUUAGAAUUUUACUGUCACAACUCUGUAUCCGUUCUGGCUACUCUUUAUCCACUAAUUGAAAAGUAAAUUUACAU